AUGGGCUUAGGCGGCAUGGGGGAGGUGCCUAACAGCAGCAGCGAGGGCGCGCCGAUCGACGUGGAGCAAGGCGAGCCGUUGAACGCGGAAGAGAGAGUCACUAUUCCGCCAGAAGGAAACGAGUAUAAGCGAACGCAGUCCAUGUUUGAGGUGGCGGCGGCAGCGCCAGGAACUCGCUUCCAUCCCGUGUCGUUGGCUUUCAAGAACGUGACGUACACCGUGACGCUGGGGCGAGGCAAGGCGAAGACCAACAAGCUCAUUUUGGACAACCUCACGGGAUACGUCAAAGCCGGCUCCUUUCUCGCCAUCAUGGGCCCCUCAGGCUCCGGCAAAACAAGUCUGCUGAACGUGCUUGCAGGCCGGGUGAUGAAAUCGGGAGCUAAAACCUCCCUGUCCGGGCAGGUGCUGGUGAACGGGCGCCCAAGAGACGAGAGUUUCAGGCGGAUUUCAGCGUACGUGAUGCAGGACGAUCUCAUGUUCUCCACGCUCACCGUCUGGGAGACGCUGCAGACGGCUGCCAUGCUGCGCCUGCCGUCCACCACGCCCAAGGCGCAGCGCCUGCAGCUGGCGGAGUCCAUCAUUGCGGAGCUGGGUUUGAGUAAAGCAAGGAAUACGCCCAUUGGGAAUGAGAUGAUAAGGGGAGUGAGCGGUGGCGAGCGCAAGCGCACCAACAUUGCUGUGGAGAUGCUGUCCAACCCCUCGCUCGUGUUCCUGGACGAGCCCACAUCUGGCCUGGACAGCUUCCAGGCGCUGAACGUGAUGAGCGCCCUCUCUGAUCUCUCCAAGAGCGGCCGCACCGUCAUCUCCACCAUCCACCAGCCGCGCUCCUCCAUCUUCGCCCUCUUUGAGAACCUGCUGCUGCUGAGCGAAGGCCGCAUGGUUUUUUUCGGGCAGGCCGUCGACUCCAUCGAUUAUUUUUCCCGCCAUGGCUUCACCUGCCCGGAGCAUUUCAACCCGGCCGACUACUUUAUGGACAUGAUUUCCGUCGACCGCCGCGACGAGCAGCGGGAGACCGACAGCACUGCGCGCAUCGCGGAGCUCACCUCCAGCUACGAGCCUGCGCGGGAGGUUCGGCCGGACCUGCACCAGAAGAGCAUGGAGGAGCAGGCGGAGGCUACGGAGGGGAUGAAGUAUUCCAAGUAUGCGUCCAGCUGGGGGACGCAGCUGGCGGUGCUGACGAAGCGGUCGUGGCUGCAGGUGACGAGGGAUCGGCUCCCGAUCGCGAUCGCGUACGUGCAGGCCAUGGUGAUGAUGGUGAUGAUAUGCAUUCUCUACUCCAACACGAGCGCCGCCCCCCAGCAGAACAUGACAGGCUCGCUCUUCUUCAUCUCCCUCUUCCUCGCCUUCAACGGCAUCUUCCAGAUGAUUACCACAUUCCCCCUGGAGAAAGGAGUGGUGAACCGCGAGCGCGCGUCCAACACGUACCGAGUGACCGCGUACUACCCCGCGAAAGUCCUCUCGGAGUGGCCCAUCCGCAUCGGUCCGGUGAUCGUGUUUGGCAUCAUCGCCUACUGGCCCAUUCAGUACCAGCGCGUGGCAUCCAAGUUCUUCCUCUUCCUCGUCAUCUGCAUGCUGGAGUUUACAGCCAUGAACGGGCUUGGUAUCCUGAUCGGAUCAAUCGCUCCGACCCCUCAGCUCGCAUUAGCCAUGGGUCCGCUCUUCACAGUCGUGCUGAUGCUCUUUGGGGGCUUCUACGUCAAUCUCGACUCCAUCCCCGUGUGGAUCCGCUGGGUGCGCUACCUCUCGCCCAUCCAGUGGGGCUUUGUGGGUCUGGCAGUCAACCAGUUUGAAGGGCUGACCUUUAGCUGCUCUCCCGGCUGCCCCGAUGGGGAUCAGAUCCUUAAGAACCUCUCCAUUGAUAACUACACGGUGCCCCAGGCUAUUGCGUACCAGUGCUGCCUGAUUGUGGGCAUGCACAUCAUUGCAUGCACUGCCCUCAUGCUGAACGGCCCUAAGAUGCAGCCUCUCAGUGCGCUAGGUUCCAAGGCCCAACCAGUCCUCUUGCCCAUGCAGGAGGAGACUCCUGAGGCUCUUGCUGCUGUGGUCAGCAGUGGGGAGGGUGGUGAGGAUAGGCCUCCCGCAGAGGAAGAAAGGGCGUUGAAAGUGGAGUAG